AUGCCACCUAAGCAAAAAGACCCAGGAAAUUUCUCCAUACCUUGCAAUAUAGGAAAAUUUGUCAUAGACAAAUCUUUGUGCGACUUAGGAGGUAGUAUUAGCCGGAUGCCUCUAUCCAUUUGCGAGAAACUUAACAUGGGAGACCUAAGACCAACCAAGAUGUCAGUACAACUUGCAGACCGACCUGUUAAGUAUCCUGUAGGUGUUCUUGAAAACAUACCCGUCCGCAUCGGACAAUUCUACAUUCCUACGGGUUUCAUAAUUAUGGAAAUAAAGGAAGACGUCAAUACCCCUAUAAUCUUAGGAAGACCCUUUCUAGCUACCGCUGGAGCUAUCAUAGACGUGAAGAAAGGCAAGUUGACAUUCGAAGUAGGAGAGGAGAAGGUCGAGUUUAUUUUAACACAAUUCCUUCAAGCCCUAACUAUAGAAGAUACAUGCUAUCUGGUGGACGUUAUUGAUGGAUGUGUAAGAGAGAUAGGAUUAUCGGAAGAAUCUUACUCUGAAGUUAUAAAGAUUCCGGUGCCCCUGAUUUUCGAAGAUUACAAUUGGCGUCCGGAAUAUUGA